GUGUUGGUUAACAGCGCACUUCAAGAGAUGCUCGCUGAUUUGGAAGCUCGGCUGCCGUCCAAGAAAACGUUCUUCGUGCUCUCUUACUGCCUGAUUUGCUUCCUGCUUUCCUGCCUACUGUCUUCCCAGAAUGGCUUCUACAUGGUUUACCUGCUCGACGCUUAUGUCGGCGGCCUGGCUGUGCCCAUUGUUGCGCUGUAUGGAAUCGUGGCCGUCGUCUGGAUAUACGGUCCCCACAACGUGUCCAGGGACAUUGAGUUCCUCCGCGGCAAGCCUGUCAGCAGCGUGUCCCUGUUCCUGUGGAGAUUCGUCUGUCCCUUCAUUCUCCUGAUCGCAGUCAUCAGUCCUGUGGUGAGCGACACUCCCAAGAUGGGCAGCUACCAGUACCCGCUCUGGGCGAACGCCCUGGGCUGCCUGGCUGUAGUCUCUUGCCUGGUCAUCAUAGGGGCCGUCAGCGUCAUCGUGUACCGGAAACACAAUCGGGAUAUCAGGCAAGCGGUCAGGCCAAACUUCAUGUGGGGCCCCAAGGAUUCUCUGCUUCUGGAAGCCUACAAGAAGCACCGCACAACCUGCCUGCAACGCCUCAAAGUCUCAGCCAACCACAAUACCAGCAUGCAGAGAAUAGGAUACUUGCACGAGGACAAUUGAGCGGCUUCCAAGUUACUCACCUUCAUUGAUUGAAAAUGAGGCGUGAGCACGGCGUAUACUAAGAAACAGAUUUAAAAAGUCGAAUU